GAAAUUACUAAUGGAAUGUCAUUUACCAAAAGAAACACAACAAAUCGAUCGAGUUAUGGAAGCUUUCGCAAAGAGAUAUCAUGAAUUGAAUCCUGAUUUGUAUGCUUCUUCAGAUGAUGUCGAUGUUAAUGGACAGACAAUGCUUGAAUCUCCGACUUCUGAUCAUCGUCAACUAAAAAUCUUUUCUUCUUCAAAAGAUAAAAGAAAAUCAUUGCGUCCUAGGAAUGAUCCUUAUCAUGUGAUACAGACCAAACAACCAACUGAAUUUAAACCAUACCUUAAAGAUAUAAUUCCUGUAGAAAAUCCUUAUUCCUACAUUGGUACACUCCCUUCUUUAGAUAUAGUAAACCUUCAUCGUGCUUUUUCAUCCGCUCAAACUAUUCGUAUUACCGGUGUUCAAAAUCGACGUAAUGGUGAUCAAUUUAGUUCAACAACUAGUUCAUUUCAACCUUCAAAGGAUGGAACCUUCCUUUUAAAAAUAACAAAAGGUGGUAAACUUGGAAGAAAAGUUGAUUUAAUUGAUGGUAAAAAGAAAGGUGGAAGAAAUUGGAAAUUAUAUGGUAAUUCAACGAAACUUCCCGUCCUAAAACCUGAUGCCAUCCUAAUGACGGCUGAUUCUGUUGCCGUAUAUGACAAAAGCUAUGAUAAAUACAAAAAUGUAUUUAGAUUAGUAUGUCCUCAAGGUCAUCAAUAUUUAUUUCAAGCUGAAAAUGAAUCUGAGAUGAAUGAUUGGAUAUCAAAAAUUAAUUACGCUGCUACAUUUAAAACCGUUGGAUUAAAAAUUAGAAAUGUUAGGAGUGGUACUACUGGUGGCAUGUCAAGUUUUGGUUCGACAUUACAUAACAUUGCUGACGUUAAUGAAAAUGAAAAUGAUAUGGGUGCCGGUGUAGGUAAUGGAAUUGUUCCUACUGAUAAAAAGAGAGAAGAAAAGGAUGUUAGUAAAAAACAAUCAGAAAGAGUUGCUAGAUUUGGAAAUUCGGGAAUUAACAGAAGAGACGCCAAAAAAGGGAGUGAUAAGUUUAGAACUAUGUUUAGGUUAAAAGAAGAUAAUGCUAAAGAUGCACAAGGACGAGCUAACUUGCUACGCACAAAGAUCGAAGAACUUCAAGGAAAAAUUUCAACUUUAACUGCUCAACUCCAAAAUGAAGUUCGGUUUCGUAACAAUCUAUUUCUCAUGAUUCCUUAUAGGGCAUCAACGCGAGAUCGAAUAAUACAAAUUGCAAUUACAGUAGCAACUAAACUUCGACACACAUGUCUAGAAUUAUCUAGACUUGUAUGCUAUCAUGAAAUAUUGGAAAAAGAUUUAUGUGCUACAGUAAUGGAGGAUGAUAGGUAUUGGCUGAAUAGGAGAAGUAUGUAUAGACUUUGUGGUGAAAGCAGUUCAGAAGAUAAUAACAAUAUUUCUUUAAUUGGAUCUAUAACGAGUGGUGAUGGUGUUUCAGCUAUGAUGUCGAUGAUGAAUACUGAAAAUAAGGAACAAUCUAAAAAAUUGUUGGACAUAGAUGAUAUUAAAGAUAUAGCCGAUAUGACCAAUAUAACUAAAUCUUUUGGUUAUGAAGAAGAAGAUUCCACUACAACAGUUAUCAAAUCUUCAGAAUCACCAUCAAUAAUUAUUAGAACUGAAAAUAAUAACAUUAAUAAAGUUGAAGUGAAAGACAAAGGCAAGGAUGAAAGAAUUCAAACAGUACCAAUUUCAUUAUUACCAAAAAGUUCUACAUCAUCAUUAUCAUCUAUGCAAUAUUCAAGUAACGGUGGUGAUAGUUAUGGUGGAGGUUCAAGUCAAACUACUGUUUCUCAACAUGAUGAAGAAGACUUUGUAUAUCAUCAUGAAAGUGCAUCAGAAUUUGACUUGAGAUUUGAAAGAGAUAAUAACUUGGAUGUUAGUAAAGUUGAUGAAAUAUUUACAUAUGUAAAUAAUGAUUUGCAAACAAUAGAUCCUAACAUUCUAGAAGUUGUAUCCAUAGUGGAUAAUAGUCCAUCAGAUGUAUUUAAUAAUCCUAUCAGUGAAAAUGUGUCAUUACCAGUGUUUAGUGAUGGUGAUUCGGACGAAGAGUUUGUGGAUGCUGAGGAAGAGUUUGUAGAUGCUGAGGAAUAUAUUGAUACCAAAUGGAAUUA